UUAAAUUCCACAUAUUCUCCACACACAACCCAUAACAAAAACUAUCAAAAAAAACGAAACGUGCAACAAACACAAAAUCACUCCGACAAAGAAAGCAAUGGAUAUCCGACUAAUGGGUUUGGAUUCUCCACUAUUCAACACUCUCCACCACAUUAUGGACGACACAACCGACAAGAAUCUAAACGCGCCGACACAAACAUAUGUUCGCGACGCAAGAGCAAUGGCUGCAACUCCCGUUGAUGUAAAGGAGUAUCCGAAUUCAUACGUGUUUGUGGUGGACAUGCCUGGGUUGAAAUCUGGUGACAUAAAGGUUCAAGUAGAAGAUGAUAAUGUGCUAUUGAUAAGUGGUGAGAGGAAGAGAGAAGAAGAGAAAGAAGGUGUUAAAUAUUUGAAGAUGGAAAGAAGGGUUGGUAAGUUUAUGAGGAAGUUUGUGUUACCUGAGAAUGCUAAUGUUGAAGCUAUCUCUGCUAUCUGUCAAGACGGUGUUCUAACAGUUACUGUUAAUAAAUUGCCUCCACCUGAACCUAAGAAACCCAAGACUAUUGAGGUUAAGAUUGCUUGAUCGGUGUUCCAUUUCAUAUUUACAAAUCAGAAGUUGUGUCUGUUUUUCUAUAGUUGGUUUGUGUGGUAAUGGCUGUGUGUUUUUGCAGUUCUCCUUAUAUGAUUAUGAUCAUGCAAUGUACUGUGUAACAAUAUGAAUUUGAACUUAUGAAACAGUUUUAAGGCA